CCCAGGUGAUAACUGUGAAAAUUCCCCUUGAUUUUUUCCGUUUAUUCCAGCACUUUCCCUUCGGGACCCCGGAAAAUAAUCGAGAGAAGAGAGCGCCAAAAAAACAGCGUUUUAACCUUUAACCUUUGCUUUUGGUUGCCCGGUUACCCACACACACAUACACCAACACCAUCACCAACACCCGUACAUUGUCAACUGCUUUAUCGAUAUCGUGUUUUUUGUUGUUGGACGGCAGGACAUCGGCGGUUCAGUUGGCAGGAAUAGUGCGGAGUGUAAAGGUCCUUUUUGCAGCAGAAGAAUCGUGAGGGAGAACCGUCAGCAGAAUGCCGCCGAAGGGUAAAAAGGGCAAGAAGGGCAAAAAAUUGCCAGUGCUCAUCGAUGGCGUGGACACCUCGGCGAUGACCCGCGACCAGCUGGAGGCCUUUGCCCUCCGGCUGAAGGCGGAAAUGGAUCGGGAGCGGGAGGAGCGGAACUACUUCCAGUUGGAGCGGGACAAGAUCCGCACUUUUUGGGAGAUCACGCGCCAGCAGCUGGAUGAGACCCGCUAUGAGUUGCAGCAGAAGGACAAGGAGAUCGAGGCCACGCAGGAUCUGGCGGACAUCGACACCAAGCACGUGAUGCAGCAGAUGAAGCACCUGCAGUUCGAGAACCACAACAAACUGGGCGAGGUGCGCGCCGAGGCGAUGACCCAGCUGAAGCUGGCCCAGGAGCACCAUGUCCUGCAGGAGAUCGAGCUGCUGCGGGACAAGCGCCACCUGCGCAGGAUCAUCCGGGAGAAGAUGGAGGCGGGCGAGAUGCAGCUGCGCCACUUGGAGGCCAGCUUCAACGAAAAGCUGUUGGAGCAGCGCAUCACGUUCGAGCGCGAGCGCAAGGACAACGAGAUGCUGCACGAGGAGAAGAUGGUCGAGCAGAAGGCCAAGCUGGACCUGUUCUACGGCACCCAGAUGUUCGAGGUGGAGGAGCGCAAGAACCAGCAGAUCAAGGACCUGCAGGACCACCACGACCUGGCCUUCAACGACAUGAAGAACUACUACAACGACAUCACGCUGAACAACCUGGCGCUGAUCGGCAGCAUGAAGGAGCAGCUGGAGCAGCUGCGCAAACAGGCCGAGAGAUCCGACCGGAUUGCGGCGGACACGGCGGCUGAGAACCGGCGGCUGAAGGAGCCGCUGGAGCACGCCAACCUCCAGCUGAACGAGUUCCGCCGCAAGCUGGAGUUCUACGAGCGGGACAAGCAGCAGCUGAGCCGCCUCAAGGUGCGCAACACGCGGCUGGAGAAGAAGGUCAAGGGACUCACCUGGGAGGCGGAGACGCUCAUCCUGCGCAACGACUCGCUGGUGGCGGAGCGCGAGGGCCUCAAGGAGCGCUUCAACGACGUCAUCGUGGAGCUGCAGCAGAAGACCGGCCUGAAGAACGUCCUCCUGGAGCGCAAGAUCGCCGCCCUGAUGCGCGAGGGCGAGAAGCGCAGCAUCGUGCUGCACGAAACCAUCGCCACCUGCGCCCCCAACUACGCCGAGAAGCUGGCCAGCCUGGACGAGCGCGUGGGCAACGUCGUCGACGAGAAGAACAAGCUCAUCCUGGACCUGCGCUACGAGGUGGCCAAGGCCAGGAAGGCCCACGACGACCUGCUCGAGACCUACGAGUGCAAGCUCAAGCAGCACGGCGUGCCCGUCGACGAGCUGGGCUUCAAACCGCUCAGGGAACGCGACCAGCAGCAGCUGUACAUCUGCGGUCCGGCGGGAAUCGUCACGGACAACAAGUAGUAUUACAAAAUGAUCGAGGGACCAAAAACCAAGGAGACGGAAAACCAUGGCAGAAACAUUUCAAUUUUAAAACACCAAAACGGUUUUGGAUGGAGAGUGAGACAAAAACGAUAACUAAUCAAAAUCACAACAAUAUUAAAUCCCUAAAAGACCUUGGAGGCGACAGUCCUCAAAAGCAUUAUAAAAAUAAGUUUAGGGACAUAUAUAAAACGGAUAAAAAAACCAUUUUAGCUUUAAAACCCUAAAAAGAUUUAAGAUAGGGUGUGAAAAGAAAUCUAUAGUUAAUUAUUAAUAAAUCAAAAGCAAUAUAAGGUUAAAAAAGAAAAGGAUCGAAAAUGAAAAGCAUCAAAUGAAACAUUCACAAGGCUCUCUUCAAAAAUAGUGCUUAAAAAAAAGAUUACGCAAAAAAAAGGGGAUACAAAAUAACAUUAAAAGAGGGAGAUCAAAUGCAAAAUGGGUAAUACCCCAAAAACAAAUCCCGCCUUCAGAGCCCCCAGUAAAUUUAAAUUGUAAUAGUAAUAGUGCUGUUCGGAUUAUUCAGAAUUAAUUCAUUGCCUAGUUAGAUUAUACAUAAUCAUGUAAUAUUUACAAAAUUCUGGAACAUUUAGUGGAAAAACAAUUAAUAAAAAAUGUUUGCAUUACAACACAAAUAAAUUGUUUCUUUAUUUAGCGGAAGUAAGACUGAACCAAUCCUUCACACAUUACAUAGUAAUUUAAAAAGGUUAUAGAGAUGCAUACCAAAUACGCAAGUAAAUUAAAA